AACCGCCGGGGAAAUAAAAUAAAUAUCUCUCUCUCUCGAGUCCUUCGCUUCAUCACUUUCCGUCCCGGAGAAUUUUCCCAGUUUCCUCCGCCUCGAACCUUUCAGUCUCUAUUAUAUCAUCAGUUUAUUGAUCGGAGAGCUUGGUUCGCUCUUCUGCCAAGUUCCACUCAACUCGAUUCAGGAAAGUAUUCCAAUUACAGAAGCAGUUCGUCUAUUAUCCGAAAGCAAUCGUCUAGAGGAUUUUUAUUUAUUCUGUAUAUAACUCCAACACUAGGGUUCAUCGAAUCGAUAAUUGAUUGAUUUGAAGAAGAGGAUGAAGAUGGAUAUUGUUGGAGUAGAGGAUGUUCAAAUAUUAGAUCCGGACCUCUUGCAGCUCCCAUGCGUAUCUCCUUCUCCGCUCAAAGCAAGCUCUCAUAUCGCUGACGAACUUUUCUCCCACUGGCUCUCUCUCCCUGAAACUGCCACAUUGGUUAAGUGUUUGAUUGAUGAAGCUAAAUCUGCAACUCCAACUAACUUAUCCAAGAGUUACUCAGGUGGAAAUGCUUUGCCAUCUGUCUUUCUGAGCAAUGGCACUCCCCCACUCUCGCCACGAAGCUCGCCUGGCUCCCCACGUUUCUCGAGGCAGAGAGCUAGCCCUCCAUCUCUCCGCUCUCCUCUGAGAUCACUUAAGGAACCAAAGCACGAACUCAUUCCUCAGUUCUACUUCCUGCAUGGGCGUCCACCAGCGAAAGAACUAAAGGAGCAAUGUAUAUCCAUGGUUGAUCAUUUUUUUAGUAACUUUAUUGACGGACUACAUGUGGAUGAAUUCAAAUCUAUUACGAAAGAAGUCUGCAAGCUGCCUUCUUAUCUUUCUCCUGCACUUUUCAGAAAGAUGGAUCCCGAAUCCAGCGGUAUAGUUACAAGGGAUGCGUUUAUCAAGUAUUGGAUUGAUGGAAAUAUGUUAACUAUGGACACAGCCUCCCAGAUAUAUAAUAUACUAAGGCAGCAGGACUGCAUGUACCUCAGACAGGCAGACUUCAAACCACUUCUGGAUGAGCUUCUGGCAACACAUCCUGGCUUACAAUUUCUGAGGACUACAUCCGAAUUUCAAGAAAGAUAUGCUGAAACGGUCAUCUACAGAAUAUUUUACUACAUUAACAGAUCCAGAACUGGCUGCCUUACUCUUAGAGAGCUGAAACGCGGAAAUCUUAUUGCUGCGAUGCAACAGCUUGAUGAAGAAGACGAUAUCAAUAAAAUUAUUAGGUACUUUUCCUAUGAGCACUUUUACGUGAUCUACUGCAGAUUCUGGGAACUUGAUGGUGACCAUGACUGCUAUAUCGAUAAGGACAAUCUCAUCAAAUAUGGUAACCAUGCCCUUACCUACAGGAUUGUUGAUAGAAUAUUUUCACAGGCUCCUAGGAAAUUUACGAGCAAAGUUGAAGGGAAGAUGAGUUAUGAAGAUUUUGUAUACUUCAUUCUCGCCGAGGAAGACAAGUCAUCUGAGCCUAGUCUUGAGUAUUGGUUCAAGUGCAUAGACUUGGAUGGAAAUGGGGUGAUCACUCCAAACGAAAUACAAUUUUUUUUCGAGGAGCAGUUGCAUCGCAUGGAAAGCAUAACCCAGGAGCCUGUUCACUUCAACGAUAUCCUAUGUCAGAUAAUUGACAUGAUUAAACCAGAGGAGGAGAACUGCAUCACCCUCCAGGAUCUGAAAGGAUCCAAACUUUCAGGAAACGUCUUCAAUAUACUCUUCAACCUUAACAAAUUCAUGGCUUUUGAAACACGUGACCCCUUCCUCAUUCGCCAGGAACGGGAGGAUCCAAGUUUAACAGAGUGGGAUCGUUUCGCUCAGAGAGAGUAUGUGAGAUUGUCAAUGGAAGAAGAUGUGGAGGAAGUCUCAAAUGGGAGUGCGGAUGAACCACUCGAACCACCAUUUUAGUUUUGAUUGCUUUCAGGUCCAUGAUCAGAGAUUGGAGUUUAAAGCUUCUGAGUGGGAGAUUCGAAGAGUGCUAAUUUCUUAAAUUUUUUUGUCGCUAAAAGUUACAUUUGAAGAAAAAAAACAUUUUAUAUAUAGAAGAUGCGGCUCACGCGUUUAUAAUAUCAGACAGCAAGGAUUAGAUACUGUGGUUGGCCAUAUAAGGAGUAUAGAUUGUUCAUAACUUGUGGUUUCCUAACGUUUUGAGUGGUUUGUUCAGAAAAGAAAA